AUGCGCCUAAUUAUGCUCGUUCUGCCUCGAAACGCGAGAUGCCGCAACAGAGUCGGUCUUCGAUUGGACAGGAUGUCGGCGGCGGCGAUCGCUGCGGACGCUAGUCUUUCCAACCGACUUGUUGUUGUCCCGCAGCUAAAGCUAAGCUUCGACGGAGCUCUGAACUUAUAA